AUGUCACCCGACAACGAACCCAUGUUCCCCGUCAUCGAACAAUGCUCCCUUGAGGACAUGUUCCGCGAUGAAGAAGGAAGGGUCUUUCGCGAGGCCCUCAAGUCCCCCCUGGCCAAAAAGAUCAAGCAGGAGCUCAAUACCGUCAGCCAGCCCUUCUUUAUGACCGGGACCGCUGAUCAGAUGCGACUUGCCCGAUUCGAUAAAGACGGAUUGACAUGGGAGCGAGACGCCCGCCUGGACAAGAAUGGGAAUCUUGUUCUUACUCCAGUCGUUGACUUGGAGGUCCCUUCUGCCGGCGCGGGCUCUACCAAGAAGACCCAGGAACCCAAGAAGGAUCCCAAGGAGAAGGCGACUGACAGCAAGGUAUCUAAGGAGGCUGAGCUACAUCUUGCCCCAGUCCCUGCACAGGAUUCAUCAUGCCUGUAA